AUGCCAAGCAAAGCUGGGAGAGUCAGGAUGCCCCCUGACAACAGACUCCCCGUUUCGGCCUCCCUCAAAACAUCAGACAUAUGGAAAAAUUCAGUUGGGUAUGAUCCUUACGCGUCCGUCGAGGAGAUAAGCAAAAGGGAGCUGAAAAAAAAGGAAGAGACGAAUGAAGAAAUCAAUGAGAAGGCCAAGAGCCUGUUCAGUUUGGCCAGAUUAACCGGCACUGCUUCCGCUACGAUCCCCGGGGCGUGCACCCUGUGCAAUCAUAUAGGUCACUUGCCCUACCAGUGCAGAAAUCUGAUAAGCCUGGAAAAGCUAAACUUCCAGAACGACAUAAAGGAGGAGGCGGAGGACGACCUGAAGGAGCGCCGCAACCUGGGCAUCGUCAGCGAUAGUGACAGUAGCGAAGGCAGCAGUGAUGAUGGGCGGGACAGUGAAGACUCGGAACGCGAAACGAAGAAGAAGAAGAAGAGGAAGCACAAGCGCAAACGCGAAAAGCGAAGGGACAAACGGGAGAGACGAUCCCGCAAAGAGGAGAGAAGACCCCACGACGAGGAGAAGCGAUCCCGCAAACACGCAAAACGGAGGGACAAGGACAAAGCGGAACGCCGUCGUCACAGCAGCAGGGACCGCAACAAACCAAACGUGAAAAAGAAGGAGAAGAGGAAAAGGAGGAGGAGUGAAACGGACAACGAAGCAAAGCUACAAAAGCAAACUGCUAGACCGUCCAUUAAUUAA